GGCAACGGAAACGGCGGUGGCGGUGGCGGUGGUGGCGGCGGCGGUGGUGGAGGUGGUGGUGGUAGACAGAACGCGAGGGAGUCCCUGUCGGUGAUCGUGCCACCUCAGGACGUGGACGUGGACUCGCGUGACGCCGACUCGGAGCUCCUCAGUCCGGGCAAGCUAACGCCGACGUCGGGGAUAAGCGUCUCGGUCGCGAGUAUGAUCGACGCGACGGACUUCAGGGCGAUGCAGCCGGAGCCGACCUAUCAGACGCUGACCUCGGUCGCGGAAAGGAUGUCGCCGCCCGGCUUCAGUCCUGGUUCCUCUUACGCGACCCUGACGCCGUUACAGCCGUUACCGCCGAUCUCGACGAUGAGCGACAAGUUUGUAUACAGUGCACACGCGGCUGGCGGCGUUACCGGUAGUUUCGCGGUGAUGCAAAACAACGGCCUCGGGAACAUCGGCCUCGGGAUGGGUAGCUCGCCGUACGCGUACGACAAAUUGCCCUCGAUGGGCAUGUCGCCGCCGCACAAUUACGCCUCGCCGGGCGCGGGCCUUCAGCCGAGUCCUCUGUCACCGCAGAGCGCCUACAGUCAGAGCGGACUCAAUUCGCCGCACAAGUCCGCCAGUCCUCACUACGAUCCGGCCUUUUUGCCGAGGUUGCAGCAGAGUCCGGCGGCCCUCAGUCCUUCCUCGCCGCCGGCUGUUUCGGCGACGGCCAGUUUCGCGCCUUCGCAUCAUUCCCCGCCCACGCAUUCCGUGCCGGCUGCAUCGCCGCCUCCCAUGCAGACGCAGCUGCAGCAACAACAGCAACAGCAGCAGCAGCAACAACAACAACAGCAACAACAGCAGCAGCAACAGUCGAUGCCGCAGCAAACGAUCGCGCACACGCAGCACGUGCAGCACACCUCGGUCGUGAUGAAGACGGUGUCGUCGGCAGGGAACGGAGCCGGCGAGGUCGAGGAGAUCAACACCAAAGAACUGGCGCAGAGGAUCAGCGCCGAGUUGAAGAGGUACAGCAUACCGCAGGCGAUAUUCGCACAGAGGGUUCUCUGCCGUAGUCAGGGUACCCUCAGCGAUCUGCUCCGCAACCCGAAGCCCUGGUCCAAGCUCAAGAGCGGCCGAGAGACCUUUCGACGGAUGUGGAAGUGGCUACAGGAGCCCGAGUUUCAAAGAAUGUCGGCCUUGCGGCUAGCAGCCCUGAGCAACUGCUCUGAGAGCGGAGGCGAGCCGGAAGCCAUGCUGGAUAUCCACCACCCAGGAACCGGUCUCGAGACUCACCAUCAACAGUUUCACAACUCAUAUGCUGCACAGAUUCCACAACGCGGAACAUGCAAGAGGAAAGACGAGAUGGCGAGCCAGGCAGAACACCAACAGCCCGCCCCCAAGAAACCGCGCCUGGUUUUCACAGACCUUCAGCGCCGUACUCUACAGGCUAUUUUUAAAGAGACCAAGAGGCCGUCGAAAGAGAUGCAGGUGACAAUCGCCAGGCAGCUGGGCCUGGAGCCGACGACGGUCGGCAACUUCUUCAUGAACGCUCGACGCCGCUCCAUGGACAAGUGGAAGGACGAGGACCCGAAGACCGUCGCGGUCGAUGAGGGACAGCUAUCACCCACAAUAGGUAUCGGGCAACGACAGCCAAGCGAUGUUUUGUGACACACGUCCGACCACGAGGAGUACCACGACGAGUCACCCGAAGAAGAUUUGCCCUUCUCGUAAGGGCAGCGCGUUUCACGCGACGCGACGCGACGCGUUGCUUUGAUUUCGAACGAGAGGAUAUCUCCAACUGACCUGGAACGUCAGUUUUUCACGCGUUCAGAAUUCUUUGCGAUAGGCGAUUGGGAUUCGUUUCGAUAACGCGACGAUAACCACGGGACCGUAUCGAUGAAUUUUUCUCACGAUUGGAUACCGUUGUUGGAUAUACAGAUCAACGAGACCUUUAGGUCUGUGCGUUGUAAGCGCUUGGACAAACGGUAUCGUUCGAGGUCACCAGUCAUCGAAGAAACUUGUCCAACAUUAAUUUAUAUUUAUCGAUCUAAUUUCGUCCAGUUACGAAUCCCACCUUCGUUUCCUUGUCGAGUAAUCUACCGGAACGAACUGACGAUAUCAUCGAAACCGUUCGACGGUCGACGCUUUCAAGGUUUUCGGAACUUUUUUAAAAGCUUCGAGAAUUUCCGUCGAGUCCCACGGUUGACCGAAUUUCGUAACGUUUCAACUGAAAGCAGAACGAAUUUCAAGGCAAAACCGGUCAUUCUUCGAACUACCACGCAACGACGUCAUUAUCUUAUAACCACGCCUGGAAAAUCGUCUGGAAAGCACGGCCGCUGUGAUCAUUUUUUAACGACGACCAUCCGUAACGCGUGCGGCAGUAUUGUCCGUGAAUAUUAUAGUCGAGCUCCUCCACGUCGACCAACACGCCGGCAAAAACCAUUUCGUUUCAAACUAUUCGUCGCGAUUCGAUUCUAUGGUAAAAAGAAUUUCCGGUUCUGUCGUUAUUUUGCGAAUACUUUUUACGCGGAGGGACUUUAUUUUAUCGAGGAAAUACUAUACGUUGGAAAUAUAAAAAUAGCUUUGUCGUCACAAAAUUUCCUGUUCUUUGGAAAAUUGUAUCUCGAUGUCGACGAUCUAUUCGAUUAAAAUGGAUAGGUAAUCGCGCGGUAAUAAACAUACAUGACGUUCCAGAGAUCGAAAUCGAGCAUCGUCUAGCGGCGUCGAAGGAAACCGUGCCAGCCGUCGUUUUUCGGAUCCGAGAAACUCUCUCCCUCCUUCGAUAUCGAGCUCGUGAGAUCGUCUAAAAUGUGACGAAAAUUACACUUGGACGAAUCGUUCGAGACUUCGAAUCGAACCUCUCCGGAAACUUGGUGCCAUAAUUUGCCAUACUAGAUUAAGCUACCUUUCUCCGCCGUGGGUGGUUCAUCCCCUCGAUGUGAAACACUUUCUAGUCUACGCGUGUCGAAGUGCUUCUCCGAAGAACGCCAUUUUUUAUCUAGUCAAAAUUGCGAAAGACGCGCUUCGGAUUGUUUUAAUCGGUGCUCGUAAGCUUCUUCGACGCGGAACGGGCGACGUUGAGAUGAAUUCCAACGCGUUCGAUCUCGAGGCGUUGAGAUUUUAAGUUGCGUAACCGUGAAAGGAAACGAUACUUUUCUCUCGAACGCGGUAACCCUUUGCGAUUCGUCUUCUCGUCUAGAGAGCAGCCGGUGUUAAUUUAGAAAAAGAUGCCCUUCACGUCGAGCGCGAAGAUACUUUUUUAAUACUAUAAUAAACGUUUUAAAGAAUGGAGUGUUUUAGUGCCAUGUGGACAGUUUUCGUGCCAUGUUCUAUUUAAGAUAAGGAAAGAAAUAUCGAAGAGACGUGGCUGGCUCAACGCGGAAUCGCAAAGGGUUUCAAACUUGCACGAAUUUAGAAAAGUGCAACAUUUCGCUUGAAAAAGGAAUAUUUUUACUGAAAUCGAGGAAGCCUACGAUUUAGAACGAUCGAUUUCGUCGCUUUAAAGGAUCGAUAGACAGAAAAAUGUACCCCGAAAGUUUAUUUAUACAAUCCGACUUACAAAACGAAAUUCAAUUUCGCGUCAAAGAAACAAAAGAUCAGAUUUUUAAACUUCUUCCGAUAAUUCUGGAAUAUCUCCCGUGGUAGGAAAAAAGAAAAUAGUUGAUUAAACUCCAGUUCGGCAACGAUGAUUUUAAAGCGACAAUGCCUCGAUUUGCGAAUAAAAGUAGUCCGUAAAAAUUCAAGAAACAGAGGGUGUUGGAAACCGAGGGAGAGAGAGACUUCGUUCCGAAAGUCGUCGACGCAAGAGGGUGCAGCGUUCAGGACUCGUCGUGUCCUCGUUGGUCGCUAAAAGGGACAACCUAACGAACCCGUUAAAACUGAACAAGAACGCGAACAAGAACAGCUUCGUUUCUUAACACAACACACUCAUACGCGACAACCGUAAACAUGCGCGCGCACAUACACACACAUACACACAUACACACAUACACAUACAAAAAUAUGCAAAACAAAAAAGUGGCAUCGUGUCGAGGGUGCACGUGCCAAGUGAUAUAUUCUAUGUAUGUAAUAAACAUUGUAUAUCAGAGUGGACGCUGUUUUGUGCGAAUCGACGAAGAAGAGGAGACGGGACACGAGACGUACGGAGGGUGAUCGUUCGCGAGAAUUAGUGGAUCAGUGUUCACCGACAUGCGAAGAGAGAGCAAGUGGAAUGCGUGAGAGAGAGAGAGAGAGAGGAAAAAAGAGCGAGCGAGCAUGUGAAAGACUUAGUGAACCGCACUCGAUACCGAAUCGUAAUUGUGCUGUGCUAUUGUACAUAUUAAAGAGCGAGAGAAGCGACACGCGAGAGAGAGAAAGAGACACACACGUAUACACUCAUACACAUAUACAUACAGAGGCGUUCGAUUGCGUGAAAGAGCAGUGAUCGAACAGACUGAAAAGAAAAGAACCACCGAUUUUCAGUAAGGAAAAGAGGUGGCUUCUUUUCGCGUUUCCCGCUUGCACGCGAACCGUUCCUCGUCUUGAAAAAUUUUACGUUUGUUUUGCGUUCGAUUAUUAAAUUAUUUUUAAGUGGACAGGCGACUCCACCGGGGCCUCCUUCGCGCAAAGUUAUUCAUUUUCGACUUCGAAACGGUAUUGGGUUCUACAAAUAUUUUGGAAUAUCUGAAAAAUAUUUGUCUGCAAGUCAAAGAGCAACGGUUAUACAUUAGUAAUCGAGCAAUCUUUAUCGAAGACCUGUCGUACAUGGUUGUGUAUUUUGUUUUUGUUUCCUUUUCUCUUUGAAUCCGACCGAUGAACAACGUUAAGAUACUUUUGCUUUUUUGCUAAAUAUUUAGUGCUCGAAUGUUAGUUAUGACAUUUAGGAUGUUUGUGAAAAUUCUCGAUUAUUUUCACUAUCUAAAUUGGAAUCAUCGAUGUUUCGCGAAGACAUCGAGUUGUUUGUAGGAGGGCCCGAUGUAAGAUGCGCAAAAACAAGAAUCUUCUAUACUAGUCGAUACUAUAUCUCUACGCUAGUUAAAGCGUCGAAAUAACAAACUGAAAAGACAUGUCCGUCGAUGUUUCGAGCUUUGAGCUUCUUCGAGUUCCCAGGGAUUCAAAUUCUGCGUUCAUCGGAUUGUUUGUGCAAAGGAUACUCGGUAUCUUUUUUUCUUUUCUUAAUCGAAUUUCAAGCUGGCCAGUGAGCGAAACGUCGGUUUGUCCGGAUGUCACCGCGUCGAGAUGAACGUUAAACUUAUCGUACCAAAAAUAAGAAACCACAGAGGAAACGGAAGCGACCGGGUCGCGGCCGUCGAUUAUAAGAUCAUAUAUAGUACAAAGUAAACAUAUAUUAUUGUAAUAACAGUUUAAAUUAAAUAUAAGAGGAGCGUCGCUGUUUCAACGGGGUGUGUAAGAAAAUGGUGAUACGAGAAGGAACGUUUCGACCAUUGGGUCGAGGAACGUGACUUUACACUUUAAACUUUAAACUUCAAAGUGACGCGUGAGAAAAGGAGAAAUGGAGGUCGCGAGCGGGCGAUAGCUUCGAGCGUCGAGUUUUCAUAGAAGUUUCCUCGUCCGGCGUGGUUCCGUCUCGUUGUCGGACGCGAUGUAACCCGCGCGACGAUGUUACACUCGAGGUUCUCACCAUUCGAAGAUGGCUCCACUUUUUUCGUCGGUUGCGCAACAUCUGCUCUGCGCAAGGUAUCGGACAGCGAACAGUUCUCGAGAGGUACGCGACAUCGGAGCAACAAAACAACUGAAAACGAAGUCGAUCAGAGGACCUGGUACCGUACUACCGAUUAUCGGGAAAACGGGGAGCGAAAGGAAAUGGAUAGAUGUUUUCUGGACGGAAGGAAAAAGAGAUCUUGUUUCAACGCUAUAGCAAUAGAUAAAACAUCGCGAAUAUACAGACUAGAGGAGACUCGGAAAAGUUUGGAGUGACGUAACAAGUUGCAAAGCCAAAUUGCAUUCGCGGACAUUGAAUGAUGGUAUUCGCAAGAUCCAGAAAAGAGCAAAAUUUGUGAAUUUAAAACCAAAAUGAAAACCAAAGCAAUAACGAAUCUACGUGGGAGGAAACGAGCGGGUGGUCGCGAAGUUUAAGAAGCAAAGUAGAAUUUUUACAUACCAAGCAAAAGUCGGAUCGAGCAAGAUUUCCAAAUAAAAAAUGGAUCGUAAUAGCAGGAUGUUGCCCGAGGUUCGUCCGUUUCAACCCUUGAAUGUAAUAUCGCGGUAAGCAAGCCACGGGGAGGGGAGGGCGGGGGGGGGGGGGGCACAAAGGCGAUGGUCGCAUCGUGACAAGGAAAAGAUCUCGCGCGCUCAGUUGGUCGCGAUCCGACUCGAGGGGAAGACGUCGCAGGGAGAACGAAACACGGACGAAACGACGCGCGAAGGGAUCUUUAUCCGUACGAUAAGCCUGUACAUAGACGAUUAAUCGCGAUUAUCAAUUACGCCGUUAUCAUCGUCACCUUUGUCGCUAUUAUUCUUCUUAUUACGUUUAUUUGUAUUAUUCCUGUUGCCAUUAAUGCGAUUUUUAUUCCUGUAACGAGACGAUUGAUUAUUAUAUAAGUAUACCGUAAACAUGUUGUUUGUUAAAGUGAGAGAAAGAGAGAGUGAAAGUGGGGCGGGGUGGCCGGGGAGGGGGAAUGCAGAACUGAGAUUCAGGGGAAAUUUAAUUAGCACAGUUAUUCGAGAAAUUUUUAGAGCUGACAAGAGCUGACGGGUCGUGAACAGAACAAACACAACAGUAACAGCAACAGAAGCAUCAACAACAACAACAACAACAACAACAACAACAACAACAACAACAACAGUAAUAAAAUAUCGCGAUCGAGUUGAAAAACGAUUAAAAUAGGAUUAGAGAAAGGUCGAGGGCGUAAAGGGUUGCGUUAUCGUAAAUAAAAUUGGAAUCCGAAAGACACGCACGCUAGGUACACGCGAAACAGAACAUUAAAGCAAGAACAUAGUAUAUAAUUAUAUAUAUACUAUAUAUAUAUAUAUAUAAAUAUACAUAAAAUAUAAAUAUAUAAAUAUAAAUAUGAAUAUAAAUAUAAAUAUAAAUGAAUGAUAUAUUAUAUAUAUAAAUAUAUAAAUAUAAUUGCCAUUUUCAGGCAUCCAGGGGUAGUUAGAGGAUAUGGGGUGGGGUGGGUGGGCUAGGGUGGGACGAAGAUACAUAUAUUUAGUAUAGCGAAAAGCCCAGCGAUCGAAUGGCGGGGUGUCGUUGCCGGGAUAUUCCGGUGUCGAUCGAUCGACGAUCGGCGAACACGUGUAAUUAGAAGAAGACCGCGAGACGAGACAUAACGCGCGACCUAGUUCUACCGAGGGUUCGAAGAUAACACGGACAAAUUAAUAGGAGCAGAGGAACAUGUCGAGAGGAAGGUUUUUUUUUUCCAGGAAACUCUAGAUCGAGAGACAUCCCCAUUUAUUCGCUAUAUUUUCAUAUCGCAACAAUUAUCGAUUUAUCCUGUUUCUAGAAGAAAAUAUUCGCGUGACCAAGUGUCAAUUUAAACUUUGAAGAUAGACGAACGAAGCACCGUUAGCUCGAUGCUUUUUACACUAACGGCAACAUCAACGGUCAAGCUGUAAUAUAAUACGCGUGACAUCCUCGUUCUCUCGGCUCGAUUAAUUUGUCGGUAUCAUUCCAAGACAGCCAGUACACAAUAUUAGCGGUACACGGUACCUCGUCUCAAAUCGAGGACGAUGACGAACAGAAACACGGAAGAAAUACUCGAACCGUUAAUUCCGAGCUAAGAUUUAUUCCGCGAGGGUGCAAAAUAAGCGUGGUCUUUCGCCGAGCAGUGUACGCCAUUCCCCGUAACGAUUCGUAUCAAUUCGACGAAUGUUCAGGGGAUGUUCGGUGGCAUACGGCGAAGGAACCUCGAGACGAAGGUGAAUGAACAUAUAUAAAUAUAAAUAUAUAAAUAUAUAUUAAAGAAAAAAGAGAAAUAAUAGUAAUAACGAUAAAAAAGGGAAUAAAACGUAGAGACUAAGAGAAUCUAUUUCGGAUCCGUGUAUGUAUACGCGUUUUUUUAUAUUGCAACGAUGCGAGUCGCGCGCGCGAGUUUUAAAUCGGUAGAUACGAGAAAAGUUAGGAGAGGGGGGAUAUUAAGUUAACCCUUGGACUCGGCAAGAUAUGCGGAGCGGAGGUAAUCAACGUUGGACGAAUGUUGAGUAAUAUAUUAUAUGGGAUAUAUUAUAUUAUUAUAUAGCACGCGUAAAAAUGGUGGAGAGGUUAGGGGACCGGUUUCUGUCCUCGUCUCGGCUACUCGUUUCGUAGAUAGAGGCUCGUUUUCUUUUAACUAGAAUUAUUUCGUUUCUCGUUGUUGACUUCUGGGACGAAGACCGUCAAUGCGUUUCUCGACAAAACGAUCCCACUUGAUUAUAUUAGGCCGGGUUUAAUGUCCUUUUUGUAUCGUACAGUUCUGUUUGAUACAGUUGAAUGUUCGAUGUUGCUCGAAAAAGGAAUAACAAUUUGCUGAAUAAAGACCACAGUUGACGAAAAUACAAUGAUACGGACUCGUAGUAAAAUAAAACAUAGCCGAAUCGCGAGAAACGCUGCGAAGCUUCGUUUUUGAUUCGCUCGAAUCCGUCGCGAGCGAGCAGCGGGAGAAACGCAGGGCAGAAACCCCUUCAGGACUACAGGGAGAAAUGUCCGAGAGCCCGUGGUCGCGUCUCGCGGCCAUUCGUUAACUAAUUAUCUGUUGAUCGGAUCGGUGGAAGAUCGAAAGACGACAGAAGAAAACACACGAGUGUGGUGCGUGGGCGUUGAAAGAACGAAGCGAGAACAAGGUGAACGGUUCGUACGACAAUAAGGUAUCGAUUAGUUAAUCAGAGAUGAAAUAAUGUAAAAUACAAGUGCAAAAGCAAGUAUACAUUAUUAUAUUUAUUAUAAUACGAGGGUUCAGCGUGUCGACGUCCACCGUCAGGGCAGGAAAUGUUCGGCGAGCGACCGCACGGUCUCUCAAACCGAAAAGGAAAAACGAACAGACGGGUAGAGGAUUUUCACAGAGCUGAGAGAGACGACGUCGGGGCUCCUUUUAGAGUUUUAAACGCGAACCGCUACGCCGCUAGGGUCGAAACACACAGCUUAGGUUUUGCGCGGGACGUAUCGAAACGAGACGAAACGCGGAGCCACGCUAAACGAAGAAUGCCGAACGAACGGAUUAAAAGAUUGAGAGAAUCGAGGAAACUGAUCGAUCUCUCGCUUCGGCAGCGGUCGUUUCCUCCUUUCUCGGCGAAGGGAGGCGUGACCGAGGAUCGAUGAAUCUCCGCGAGGACAUACCAAAGGAUCGUAGAUUAAACGCGAGUAAAAGAGGAAAACAUUAUUUAUUGUUUACACUUACGUAUUCAUUAGCGAAUGACACGUACACGUAUACACCGACACACGCAAACGCGAACAAACACGGACACACACGCGUACAAAGAGCGAGAGUGAUCGAGAGAGAAUGCGAGAGAGAAAGAGUUUACGAACGUGAAACUUAGUCGAGGGAGCUACGCGUCGUUGAUUUUGCGAAAAAAAUAGGGGUGGGAUGGGGUGGGGCGGGGGAGGGGGUGAUAAAGAAGGAGAGCGCAAGCGGUUGCAACAGAAUUACACUUGUAAAUGAUGAAGUCGAAUUUUUCAGCUGAGAUCGAUCCGCCGGAAAGAUCGACGAGGGGGUAGUUUUUUCUUGUAAGCGACCACUUUGUUAGCGUCCGCUCGUCGAUCGAACGGCGACGAUCGAGGAUCUGGGAUCCAAAAAGCGUCGAUACUACGCCGUCGAGUCACGAAAUUUGAGGAUGUUCUUUCUCCCGUCGAUCGAAAUUAUUAGAUGGAAAAUUCGAUUGCAGCAUGAGAACGCGGAAUUAUGUACGUAAUAGACACGCGAGUUCUGUCGAGAUCGGAACGCGCGCGAGGGACGGGGGCGGCUGUAAACUACUGUAAACUACGAUGUUACUACGUUUUACCAAGAGCUUAUUGUAGUCGAGAACCAUUUACGAAAAAAAAAAAAAGAAAACACAUACACACACAUACACACGCGCACACGCGUACACACACACAGACACGUAAACAAACCAAUCAACCAAAAGAAGACAGAACAAGAAGAGUAACUUACGUCGUAAAACCAAAAACAACAAAAAAAAAAACAAUGGUAAUUGAGUGUAGCACGAAAAAAAGAAACUUCUUUACACUUUUGCACGAGACGUGUGUUGUACUUAAAUUAAUUAUCAAUUGACAUAUGUAAUUAACGUUUUAUUACUUAGCAAUUAAACUUAAUUUAUUUAUGAUUA